CCAGUAAUAUAGGAAAGUAAGAAGUCAAAAAUGGAAGAGAGUGCAAGUGUAGAAAGAUGAAUGAAUCCACGCCUCCAGCUUUAUCUCACUAUACGUAGUAUACCUAUAACGUAGUUUUGAUGUAAAUUCAACGAUAUCAAUAGUAUACCCACAGCACUGCGCGGGCUUUUUGCCUAGUCAGUAGUCACAGCUAUCCCCUAUAAUGUAAUAUAUCAAGUUCUUCUAUUCCCCUCAAACCCCCCACACCAAAAAAAAAAAAAAAGAAGAAGAAAAAAGCCAGCAGUAAUAUAGGAAAAUAAGAAGUCAAAAGUGGAAGAGAGUGCGAGUGUAGAAAGACGAAUGAAUCCACGCCUCCCUCUGCCAUCAAAACAAACCUCUCUCUCUCUCUCUCUCUCGCAAAAAUUAAAAAUAUCAAAAUUUCGAGAAAUUUGUUCACUAUUAUUUCAUCAUCAAGGAACCACUGCUUUAGUUGCUGAGAUCUGGUGCCUUAAAGCUCGCCCCUGAAACCUUUUUGCGGUUCUUCGGCCUACUAUGGGCACCUGUAGAGAUUAGUACGUCAGACUGCGAUCCCAAACUGCCUGUUAUACCAUACAUCAGUAUACUUGAGGUUUCUUCUGAAGACUUAAACCCAGAGUGAUAGGGGAUGGCUGGUUCCACUCCUAAAAAUACCAUUAGAUGUCAUCAUUGUGCCGGUCCUCUUUCUAAGGAGAUGGAAACUAGUGCAUGGACAGUCCCACCUCUUAUCAGGGAUAGCUUCUCUAUGAUUGGCUCUGCUGUUGGUGGUACAGUAAGUGCUUUUUAUGGAUUCAAUUAUGUGAUGCCUAUUGUUCAGAGACGGGUAAAAGGACCUAUGUGGUUACAUUUUUUCAUUGGUGCUCCUCCCGUCAUUGUAUUCUCUUCAGCUUGUACUGGUUUGGCAGGUGGUGCAAUUCCAGCUGUGGUCCAACUUGCUUCGUCAUCUUAUCAUGCAGCUGUCUCAUCCUCCUCGUUGCCUCCUGCGACUUCUCAAGAUGAGAAGAUUCACAAGUCCAGAAAUUCCUCUACACUGUGAUCCAGAGUCAAUUGUGUGAUUGUGUGCGCGCAUGAGGGAAGCAUUAAGCUUUGAACUGCGCAAUUGUCCACAUCAGUCAUGUUUCCUGAGCUUCCAACAGCAUGAGUUUGGUCAUAGAGAGUUGCUUGCUUUGGAUGUAGAAGUUCUUAUAUAAUGAUUUGAGCCAACUUAUUAGUGCUAUUAAUAAAACUUUAUGUUUUCAGUAA